ACAGGCAGCUGCGAUGUCCUUGCGGCUGCGGUUGCUCAGUCUAUCCUCGGGGAUGAGUAACGUCCGCGUGCUUCAGUGGAACUGCUACUCUGUUUUUUCCGCUUUACCUGACUUACAUUCCUUAGUCUCCUCUGUCUCCCCCAAUGUGAUACUGUUACAAGAAACUUGGCUUGCUCCUUAUCGUUCCUUUUCUCUCCCUGGCUUUCGCUCCUUUCGGUUGGACAGGCGUGCCUGUAGAGGUGACGGCCUGCUAACCCUAAUUUUCUCUAGGCUUGUUCACACUUCGCGUAUAAUUGUGCAGGUGAUGCCUGCAGAAUGCGAGGUACUAGCGGUGCAGCUCCGCAUGCCGGGCAAUCGCCCCUUGUGUUUUAUCAACGUUUACUGUCCGGCACGAUUUCUGUCCUCCUCUACCUUUGAUCAUGUGGUUUCCCAGACGACCGGCGACUAUAUUGUGGCGGGAGAUUUCAACUCGCAUCAUGUUAUGUGGGAUAACAGGACUGAUGCCCGUAGCAGCGAACUGUGGGGCUCGAUCUGUCACCAUAACCUUUCUCUUGCAAAUGAUGGGUCAGUGACUUUUGCACGUGGCUCUUCGCGCUCCGUUCUCGACCUCACGCUGUACAGCCCACGCGUUCUGUCAUGGAAAGUUGUCUCCUGUGGAACAUCUAGUGAUCACCUUCCUGUUUUCUUCGAGGUGCCUUCGGCAGUCCAACGUCUCUCCCUCGUCAUCCGCCACAAUCGCUCACUCCAGGAAAAGAGAGUUACUGCGCAGACCUGCAACAACAUGCCAACGGGUGAUCGUGCUGCUGCUGCUGUAUAUAUUAUUUCCCAGGCCAUUGGGUCAUCUUCUUUCCAAGUGCGCAAACGCUCAUCUUCGAACUCUGCUCCCUGAUGGAAUGAGGCCUGUACAAGGGAUUAUAGGCGACGGAAAGCUGCAUGGAAGCAACUGCUGUCCAACUCGUGCUAUGCCAACUGGACACGCUACCAGAUCCUAAAGGCCACAUUCAAGAGGACUGUCUCUUCUUCCAAGAGCGCAAUUCUUUCCUAUCUCUCCCGAAACAACGGAGGGCUCUUCACCAGCACAUCUCGUUUAUCCGGGGCCAGACUUCAUGUUCACCUGUUGCAGCAGCAGAUAUGGCAGAGAGACGAACCAGCCGUCUACCUACUGGAGGAGUGACAGAACCAUCUGGCAAGGUUCAUAAGAAUGACAACAGUAACCGGCGUCAAAUUGAAUCUGUUGAACCACCGGCUUCGUUGACACCUAUGGCACCUAAUGAGGGUCCGAGCACUGGCAUGCGCAUCGCACUGUCGUCCGUUGCAAUUAUCGUCGUCGUGAUUCUCCUGGUCAACUUCAUGAUGGGCGUAGCAAGCCCAUCCUUUGCCAAGAAAUCGAACGUAUGCCGCUCAAAGUCCUGCCAAGCGUACGCCGAUCUCUUUAGUGACACCAUCGACUGGAACGUCCGCCCGUGCGAGAACUUCUAUCAGCACGUCUGCGGCCGACGGGACAGCAACCUCUACUUCACCGUCCACCAGACGACGCUCAAGAGCUUCGUUCAGCUGCUGUCCGAAAGUCUGCUCAGUACGUUCGUCCCGAAAGAACAGCAGAAUGCGACUCAGUUGGCCGCCAAGAUGUAUCAGUCCUGUCAAAACGUGUCGGUGGGUGACCAAGGUGAGGUUCAGCAGCUGAAGGCGGUGCUGAAGAAUGCGAGACUUCAGUGGCCAGAGCGUUCGAUUAAAGCUGAACUCCUCUUCAGCAUGAUGUACAUCUCAUAUAAUUAUCACUGCCCAGCUCUAAUAGACUUUAAUAUGAACACGUCUGGAAAUGUUCCCGUCCUAAGCCUGCUGAAUCCGUUUCGUACGUUUCACACGUGGAGCCCCGUCAAAUGGUGGAAUCGAACAGUCAAGGAGCGGGAAAGGUACCGCCUUUUUUACAAAGAAGUCACCAUGUAUUUUACAAAUAGUGCGGGCAUUGUUCCCUUUAAUGAGAUAGAAAAGGUGGAUCGGGCAGUAGCGGAGCUCGUGGCCAACAGAACGCCACUCGCCGAUGACUCCUUGUCCGUGACUGGACCGAUGGACAUCACAGAAUUUCUUCGAAUUUUCCCAUCGCUUUCUCCGAAGUUACUGGAAGCCGUUGGCGUCGUUUACGGAACCACUUCAGGCAGCAAGACGCUCAUCAGUUAUCACGAAGGGGCCGUGGAAGCGUUCCAGGAUCUACUAAGACUGUUUGGUGAAGACCAACUACAUCAGUACGUGGCUUGGGUGCUGGUACACACAUAUCCAUCGGCGUUGAUGUACCGCCUACUUUCGAGGUACGCUGCAUAUCCGUGGGGCUACGAAGACAUCGACAAACUCUACUGCUUCGAACGAGUUGAAACAUUUCUCGGCUCAGCAAUGAUUAUUAAUGCUAUGGAAAAAAUUGAGACUCCUGAGGCAAGAGAAGACAUCAUCAUGGUCGUGAACAGUAUUCGAAAAGCCGCCCAGAUAACUCCUCGUCACCACGUAAGGUUCACCAUCGUCGAUGAAAAGCUCACAAAAUUAUACUGGAUCCAAAGUUUUCGCAAUUCCGUGAAUUUUCUUACCAACGCUUACGCAGGUUAUCGAGCAAUGGGUCCAUACCUACCGUUUAACUGGCUGACAGCCGUUCAUGGUUAUGCGAAGAACUCCGCAAAGACAUUCACGGAAGCGUUCCCAUCGUACUUCCAUCGGUACUACAACACUUCGCGGUACGACACCUAUUCCUUCUCGCCCCCGUGGGAUCCCUCAGGCUCGGACGACAUCUACCUUACCAUCAAGCCUCAUCACUUUCUCGUGCCCACUUACGGUUCCAACGCGACCACCGGUCUUCUGUACGGGUCACUAGGAUCCCUAAUCGCCAAGAUGUUUGCAGACGAUUAUGUCAAGGUUAGGAACGCGUCGUAUCAAACGUCCUGGUCGGAAAUGGUGCCCAGUCUCAAUUGCUCGCCUUCGGGAGAACCACGUUACGUCGACGGCCUUCUUCUCACUCUGUGGAGCUACCAGGAGUUCCUGUGGAACGCCUUCCAAAAGGCGUCUGCAGGAAGACAGUACGCACUGCCGGGAUUCCUUAACUACACGAACGACAUGAUCUUUUUUGUGGCGCAGUGCUAUCUUCUGUGCGGUUCUUUUAGGUCAGUGGAUGCGAUCAAUUAUUGCAAUGAACCUCUGAAGCGGAAUAUUCAUUUUGCCAAAGUGUUCCAGUGCCCCACUCCUUCGCCAAUGAACGUAGUCGAUAAGUGCGAUAUGCGACCUCAAUGACUUUAAUGAUUGAUAACGUUUUACGUGGGCGUGUCAGUAAUUUUUACAGUUUGGAUUCGACGUUGUCGAUUACAGAGUACGUCUUUUUGUUUACAAGUCUCUGUGAUGCCUUUAUAUUGUGUACCUUUCUACCUGCGACUUCAGCGAUACAGUAUAUCAGUGUUU